GCGAGCGGGGGCUGGCUGCAAGCUCCCAGCAGGGUGGCCGCAGCCUGAGGGGCAGCCGUCCUCCUCCGCCGGCGAGGCCCGGCCCAGGAGUGCGCCUUAACUUAGAAAACUCCGAGCAAAAGUUGCAAGUUCUUCAUUUAAAAGGCCCAGAAUGACAAGCCCUAGAGCUAACGCCAGUUUCUUUAAACUCGGGUGGCAAAAGCAGGAGGUUUACGAGGGAAAAUAAGUGCAAAAAUGACAUUUUCGUAGCAUUCUCCAGCAAUGCACUGCAGUGGUUGUUGUCGGUGUGAUGGAGGCCUUUGGAAAAGCUAGGCAAGCAGCCUGCUGUUCAUUAUUACAAACCAUAAAAUUGAGGUACAGAGAUUAAAAUGAAGACAGAGUUGUCAAAAUUUGAAAGUAGAAUCCAGGUGUUGACUCCUGGGAACCUUCCUGCGGCGGGUGUAUGGUCGCUUAAUUAUUUCUAAAAUAGCAGACGCAAGUAUCAAAGUAAAAGACGUGAAGAGAAAAGUACAUGGAAAUAACAGAACGUGUGCACAGAGACAAACUUACCUUUGCACUUGCACCGCCUGGGAACGCUGUGACCCGGAGGGAAGGUUUCAAGGCAGCAUCUUGAGUGCUUCACAUCACCGUGAGGACAAAGCGAUCUCAGCCCAUACGCUGAUGCUCUCAAAAAAAGCAGCUGUCACAACGCCAUGCUUUACAGCGCAUCAGUGAUUUCACCACGAUCUCGCGAUCGCUUGAAGCUUUGUACCUUCCACCACACCCCAUGUUACACUCAGCCCAGAGGUUUGACUGUACCAUGAUCCAAGGCCAAGUCUGAUACAGCAUUGCUGUGUGGCCUUGCCUGAGUUUUACCGAGAAAAUUGUUAAGCUAUGAGAAAGUGCAUGAGCUAAAGACAUGAAAGACAAGAAGGCAAAGUCACAGAAGCAUUGUUGUUGGGAUGACAAUAGUUAGCUGGGGGAAAGAUUAAAGAGAAAAGAUACAGAAGGAAAGAAAAGCAGAAAACGUGAAGAGAACUCAGUAACGCAGAGGAUCAGCCCAUACCAACAAAUAGCAGAGACCAGCUUUCCCCAGCGUAUUGGAAACUUCCUGGCCAGCUAAGACCCAUCAGUUUUGUGAUCAGGAGUGGUUUCUGAUGAAAAAUAUUGCUGGAUAUUUUGCAAGAAGUUUCUUUAAGCCUUUCCUGUUCUUCCUAAAUACUACUGCAUGCCUGAAGAAAGGAAAAGGAGUUUGGGGCAGUCCCAGUCAGUCAGCUGAUGCAUCACAGUUUGAAGAAAAAAAGGUGCCCAAAUGAAGUUUGCCACAGAUACAUGAAUUAUAAUACUGUUUGGAACUGAAAGACAGCAAGAUUGCACUUUUUGAAGCAUAGAUUUCAUGGAUUCGAAUUCCAACACUGUGGUUGUAACUGGUUUUGGUCCCUUUAGACAAUACCUGGUUAAUUCUAGCUGGGAAGCAGUGAAGGAGCUGUCUGAGAGAGGCCUUGGUAAAAACAUAGAUCUGCGGAUCAUGCAGCUGCCGGCGGUUUACCAAAAAGCAAAGGAGCAAGUCUUCACAAUAUGGAAAACUCUUCAGCCACUGCUUACUGUUCACGUUGGGCUGGCUUCAUCCGCCAAAGCAGUCAUCAUCCUUGAGCAGUGUGGGAAGAACAAAGGCUACCAUGAGAUGGAUGCUUGUGGUUUUCACCCAGAAGGUGGCUGUUGCAUGCUAGACGGCCCGGAAAAGAUUGAAUCUACAAUUAAUAUGAAGACUCUCUGGAAAAACGUUUCAGUGGAAGGCAUCGAUGUAAUCUUUUCCAGAGAUGCGGGAAGGUAUAUCUGUGAUUAUAUCUACUACACUUCUCUGUAUUACGGCAACGGAAGAGCAGCUUUCAUCCAUGUGCCUCCGUUAUCCAAAUCGGUAACAGCAGAGUUUCUAGGAAAAGCAUUACAGACAAUUAUCUUAGAAAUGUUAAAACAGUGUGGGGAAGAAAGAGAGUAAGACAAAUCAUAUAAGAAAAAAAUGAGGAUCUCUUAGAAUGCAAUUCCUUACCUCUUAAAUGACGCCAAUCUAAAUAUCAUUUAAACCCUUACAUAAAAGGAUUGUAUAUUCCAUGUUAUUUUCAGUGAAAUUUCCUCACAAAACCCAAACAAUUGUUUAGAUUUCUCUUUGAGAGAAAAAACAAGUGAUUGGCAGUCUGUAUUGGUAACAGUUAGGUUGCCUCAGAUUUAAAAAGGCAUGAAACUGGACUUAAAACAUUUUAGAUGCUUAAUCCUAGUUCCGGUGGUUAGAAAGACAUGACUAAAGACGUGCUGAACCAAGACGGAUGCUUACAGCCACAAGGACACUGAGCACUGGAUGGAGAUAACAGAGGUCCCCUCAGCCCCUGUCCACGUCCAGAGAGAUGGUUCAGCCAUGCAAAGUGCCCACGUAAAAAAUGUAAAUACGGGGGAAAACAAAACACAUGUAGGGAUCCUGUUCCAUGAAGUUUUACAAUUCUCUCUCAGUGAUGUGCUCUAAAUGCCAGUUUCCAUAUCAGAAAUGGGUUAUAAACCCAGAAAAGAAAGUAAACAAGCUGGAAUCCAGCUGGAAUUGUAAUGCUAUUAGUAAUUGGGGUUCAACUGCCCCAAACCACCACCUACCCCGUAUUCUCAGUGCCUGACCCAGAGGAAAACACCGUAGUCCUUCCACAGAGCACAGCACGACGACAACGGUCUUUCAGUAGAACAGAGCACGGCUAUUCAGGGAAUUAUACAUCAAAAUCAAAAAGCUAACCUGUCCCAAGAAAGGCAGUCGCCGUGCUGUGGCACAUCAUGUUACUUCCAGAACAGGAACCACAUGGGGUCCCAAACUGUAAAACCGGGAGUCGGACAGUGACAGAUCACUUCUCUGCUUCCCCCUCCAUGUCUCUAACACAGCCACGUACAGGAGGACUGGGCCACGAAAGCUGGGUGCAGCAGGUUUACAGCGCUUCCCCUUCAGCACACAGGGAACGUCAAUGCCCGCUCUCCUUGAUAAUCUUGCUAGUCCCAUGACAGACAAGGACGAGAUAAAAUUAGCAGCCAUUUUUCAAAAACAGUCACUAGAACAGGACAGCAGCAGCUUAAUGUGGACACCUGGGAUUUCUCCAAGGGAAACAAAAGCCCGUUCCUCAAGCAUCGCGUCAGUCAAAGGGACAACAGACAAACCUAACAGUGCAGAGAGCUGAUGAAGCUUUGGGCCACCAUCAUGCCUUAUUUCAGUCAACACUUUGAUGACAAGAGUCAGAGGAACUGGAAACGCCAAGAUAAUUCUAGUUUUCUUGCCUGUCUUUUCUAAUGACUGUUACGGAAAACUGAUACCCACAUGCUGGAUGGCUGAAUGCCUCGUCUAUGGAUUGCUGUACGGUAAAUAAGCGUGGUGUCUUCAAAUAAAUAAGUAAAUGAAUAAAUAAGCUUACCUUUUUCAAGGGAACUACCUACUCCAAACCGGCCUGAGAGUCCCAUCAAGAAAGGGUCCACAGGCUCAUUGUCACCGGAGGGAAAUACUUUUGCGUUCAAUACAACGUAGUGGCAGUACUGACCUCUACUAAGAUUUCUUCAGAGUAGCUCAAUUAAAGGCAGCCAAAAAAGGCCGAAGAAAACCAGAGAUUUACUC